AUGACUUCCUUGGGCAAUGACGACAUUUCCAUCAGUGCAACAUCGUUUUGCAUGAUGCUCAUGGGAUUCUGGCAGACUGCCAAUCGUCGGGAAGAAUAUUUGAGGAUCCUCGCCUUAAGUUACACGAUGCUAUCGUUCAUUUUCUUGCUUUCGAUUCAGAUUCUUAAUAUCCAUCAAUCUUGGGGAGAUUUAGGGACUUGUCUUUAUCAUAUAAGCAACGGCUUAAACAUAAUAAUGUCCCUAUGCAAGAUAUUCGUUCUGCUUCCACAUCGAGAGAAAUUAUUUUAUUUAAUCGAGUAUGUGAAACGAGAGUUUCUAUAUGUAAAUUAUAAUAAUUACGAGGCAUCGGUGUUAGCUGGUUGUAAACCGAAUAUUGGGAAGAACGAAUCUGAUAGGGAAUUGCCAUUUUAUAUAGAAGUUGAUCUUCCACUAUCAAUGACACCAUACUUUGAAAUCAUCUUCUUCUUUCAGGUUGCAACUUUAUACCCCAUCAUCUUUGGUCAUAUUUGUUUCGACAAUUUUUUAUGCAUCAUGAGCCUACACGUGGCUGGACAAUUUCGGAUAUUGCAAUACAGAAUAUCAAACACGAGUGUUAUAAAGAAUAUGGAUGAACUGAAAGAUGUAUCGGACAAAAGUUUGUUGAAAUUCACAGAAGAUUAUUACAUUAUCUUUAAAAAUUAUAUUCACCAGCAUCAAGCUCUUGUCGCCUAUUGCGAUCAACUUGAAGAAGUAUUCAGUCUUCUUUUAUUCGUGCAACUGUUAUCGUUCAGCUUGUUCAUUUGCUUGGAUGGAUUUCAAAUACUUCUGGCGAAUGCACCGGACAGACGAAUCAUCUUUUUCUUCCACCUCCUGAGCAUCAUAUGCCACUUAUUUAUGUUCACGUACAGUUGUGACAGUGUCAUUCGAGAAAGUAGGAAAUUGGCCUUGGCUGUGUAUUCUGGACCAUGGGUCUUUUUACCCAGCAAUAAAAAUGUACAAAAGUUAAGAAGAGAUUUGGUAAUGAUCAUCAUGAGAUCCAAUAUCCCUUGCUGUCUAACAGCCUAUGGAUUUUUCAUUGUGUCUUUGGAGACUUAUAGCAGGGUUCUCAGUACAGCAGCAUCGUACUUUACACUUGUAAAAGGAAUGCAAGAUACUAGUUCCUCGUAGCACUUUGUAAUUGUAAUACAAUGCCCGUUCUAUAUGUGAAAUGGGUUGUGGAUCAAUCGACACUUGAUGAAAUCAUAUCAAUUCUCUUCAUACAGAGUUUCCACUGCUUUACCAUAGACGUUCAUUAUACGUUUAAAUAAAUUAUAGAGAACUUUCAUCGUUCAUUUAACAACCUAAAUGUCCCCCAUGUAUAGCAUUAGCGUAGCUGUUGAUCGUUAUUAACUUUCACAUAGAGCCUCAUCUCGGGAUCAUGCAUAGCUCAUCGAUUCCUUCUAUUACUUCACAAAUGAAGUCGAUCAUUUCACUAUUCACUCCGCUUUUCUUUCGUCGUUUCGAAUAACUCUGCACAGACUGUAAUAAAGAUAAGUAGAGAGCGCGAAUU